AUGGCUCGCAGGUACAAUCUAGGAGCCAAUGCCUUUUUUCUGGUUUGCUUCUCUCUUUUACUCCCAGUUCAGCUCUUUCUCGGCAUAAAGCACAAAUCAUGGGGUUUUAUGGUAGGUAUGGUCUGCGGUCUCAUCCUGGAGAUCUUGGGUUACGCGGCUCGAAUGGGUCUGAGUAAAGGCGUCGAUUUAUUUCUCAUGUACAUUGUCACCCUUACGAUAGGGCCAGCCUUUCUCAGCGCGGCCAUUUACCUCUGCUUAGCCCGCAUCAUUCCGGUCUAUGGCCAACACCUUGCUCGGUUCCGACCGGUGGUAUACACAACCAUAUUUAUACUGCUCGACUUUUUCGCUCUGCUGCUACAAUCAGCCGGUGGUGCGCUGGUUGGAGGGGAUGAUGCCACCAUGUGGGCCACUGGUCUGUCUAUUCUCAAGGCCGGCCUCUCGAUACAUCUUGUGGGCAUCGUCGUAUACUCCUACCUUUGUUUCGACUUUGCUUUCCAAGUGGUCAGGAAUCGGAGCAAAUGGCAGAGUAGGUUUGCUCCGCUGCAAGCUUCAAGUCGGUUUCGGAGGUUCUGUUCUUGUCUCGCCAUUAGUACACUUGCGAUCCUUAUUCGAACCGCCUUUCGUGUCGCUGAGUUAAGCAAAGGGUUUCAUAGUAAGAUUGCAGAGAGCGAACCGGCGUUUUUAGUCCUCGACGGCACUAUGAUUCUUAUCGCUUGUCUCUGUCUCACAGCAUACCAUCCUGGGCCAUCCUUUGAAGGCUAUUGGCCAGAAGCUAAUUUUAGCCUCAAAUAG